GCUGGAACUGCGUUGUGUUAUGGGGUUUCUCGCUUUUCUCAUAUGACAUGAUUCCUUGCGUUGCUUGGAUUUCCCUUUUUUGUCUUUCUAAAUGUUUCUUCGUUCCUUCUACCCAUUUAGCACGGCUUUACAAUUUCGUUUAUACAAUGAACUUUUGUGUUUUAAUUUUCACUUCGCGACUUCAUCGUUUCUAUGUCCGUUUGGAAGGUCACUCAUCUGUUAAGGUCUGUUUGUUUGCUCUCUCCUUGUGUCUUUGGAGCUUUGCUGCUGUUAAGUCUCUCCUCAAAAUACUUUUAUUCGUUUCCAUUUUUUAUGGUGAAGAUUUGACUUGCAUUUGAGAAGACAUGGGCAUACCAGACCAUUCGAGCACUGAAGUUACUUAUAUCUAUAUUUUGGUGGUUUAAGUGCUGUUAUAUCUCUGUUAGAAGCAAGUGAUUUGUUGAACAUGACUACUCAAACUGCCAAAAUUCGACUGGUUAAAUGCCCCAGAUGCAGGCAUCUUCUUCCUGAACCGGAGAUUCCUGUUUAUAAAUGUGGAGGCUGUGGUGCUGUUCUCCAAGCUAAAAUCCGGAGAACCAACACCCAGAACACAGUAUUGAACCACGACAGAAGUGAUGCCACUGGAGAAGGCAGAUUGGAUAGCAUACAAGAUGAGAAGAGGACCAAUGGCCCAACUGAAGAAGCUCCUGUUUCUGAAAAAGCUGAAUCUUCAUCAGAUUCUGGCAGUAAUGGGAAGCAAGUUAAUGGCCUCAUUCAAGAAACCAGUUCGGAAAGAGGAGAGCAUUCAGUAAGCAACAGCAGUACCAGCAAUCAAGAUUAUUGCAUGAAUAAAGAAACUACCGCAAGAGGAGAGUCUUCAUCAAUUAUUGAUAGUAAUGGUAGCGAAGAUACCUGCCAAAAUCCAAAAAACCCCUCAUCUGCUGGGAAACCAGAUGUAAGCAAUGAAAGGAAGGAGAAUGGUUUCCAUGACUACAAUGAAAAGAUGCCUGGUGAUCAAACCUUCUCCCCUGAGCCUGAGGACCAAGAAUUGACGGCAGAAACUAAAGAAAGAGUGGAACAAUUUGUAUGUGAUUAUACUGGUGAACCAAAUUCACAAGACUAUGAAAAUGACACUCGAGAUUCUGAUAGGAACUGUAUAAGUGGUGGAAGCUUUUCAGAGGAUUUCUACAGUUCGGUGGAGUUCCUGUGCCAUGAGACAGAGGGUUCAUCCCCUGAACAGGCACCAAACAUCUCAGGCAAUGAAACUAAUAGAGGUUCAGGUCAAGUGGACAGAGUGGAUCAAACUGAAUCUAAAAAUUGCAUGAGUGAGCUGCCUGAUCACCAUAACUUUCUCAGUGAACUUUCUUCACCACAUGAAGGAAGAAAAGGCCACGAUGACUUAACUUCUUCAAAAGGUGGCACAUUUGAAGAGGGGGGUGAGGAUAUACAUCUUGCUCGGCGCGUUGGUAGUAAUGGUGGAUGCAAGUCUGAAGAUCACCAAGUUGAGUUUUCUCAAGAUGCCAAUUCUUCAAAUGAAGUUCCUUUAUCCACUGACAUUGUCCCUUCGAUGUCGUCACCAAGGCUGGACGCAGAUGCACCUGUAAAUGAUGACAUAAGGGUUCAAACUAUUAAGAGCUUGGAGAAAAAAGAAACUGGUUCCCUUGAUGCUGAUGAAAACCCCAUCAAUGGGAGAAUCUUAUCAGAUAAUGUUGACUCUUUCGAUGAUUUGAAUCUGGGAGCCUCUCAGAGAUUGACUUCCCCGGCAUUUGAACCAAACGGCAUUACAGACUCCCCAGAUAGUCUGCCAGGCGGUUCCAGCGCAGAGUUUGAUCCUAAACAUAGAGUGCUGUCCAAGUCUCCAACCAAAUGUUACUAUGGACAUGACAGUAGUGCAUCUUCUUAUGAUGGAUUUGAGGAUAAGAUCCCUAAUCGGUUGGCAAAACCACCCAGAAGAAAGUUUAAGGCUGCAAACUCUAAGAACUCUAAUGGAUUGCACAAAGAAGAUGGACCUUGGGCAAAUGAUUCUCAAACUGAAAAUCUUGAGAUGCAAUAUAAGCCAACUAAGGGGCCUGGUCUGAAUGAGAUGCAGAGCAAUCUGUCUGAAAUAAGAUACCAAGCUAGAAAGCCUCCAAUAAUGCCAGAAAAAAGUCAUCCUACCAUGAAGUACAGAACUAACCUGGAUAAUUUGCAUGAUCCCAGGAGUUCUGGCCUUUCCAUUGGAAGUAGAAUGAGAGAGGAUAAGGAUGAGCAUAUUUCUACGGUUCCAUUUAUUCCCAUGUAUCUUCAGACAGGCCAAAGGAAAGCAAGCACCGCCCCUUAUUCUCUUGAUUCCUUCAAGCAUUAUUCGGCUAUUGGUUCAUCUGAUGUACCAUCAUAUGCUGAACCAGACAAAAUGGAACUGUUAAGAAUGGUGAAUGAGCUGAAGGAGGAGCUCAGCAGAAUACAAAUAUCAAAUAGCAGGUUUCCUCUUACUGUGGCUGGGGAGGAUAUGUAUACUCCAACAUACUAUAAUCAUCACCUGAGACCUUUGACAGACAUGCCUUCUAAUUUGAGCUAUUCCAGAUAUGCUCGAAGAUAUAGUCAAGAGAGAGGGUUGGCUCAUUUAAAUCAGCCUUCAAGAAUGGCUUUUUCAGGAGAUGCUGCUGACUAUAUGCGGCAUGUUGAUUGUGCAUGUCUGAACUGUCAUCCGCAAGACUGGCAUUACUCUGUACAGUUACCAUCACAUACAGUUUGCUGCAACAAAGUUCACUGCAGGGGCCACAGUAAUAACUGUUACAAUAGCCCGUGUUCCACAUCUUCAAGUCCCCACCGUUGCAAAAGCUCUGAGUUCUCUGUUUGGGAUCAUGAUACCAUGUCUGGUGACCAAAGGCAUAGAGAUAGUGGGAUAAGAGAUUUGCAAUUGAAAGAAAGAUAUCAGUCCAAACGACAUGUUAGGCCUGUAGCCGGUGGAAAUCCUAUUAUUGCAUGUUACAAUUGCUCGGCACUGCUGCAGCUACCUGCUGAUUUUCUUCUCUUAGGCAGGCGAUAUCAUAAGUUAAGGUGCAAUGCCUGCGGAAAAGUUCUUAAGUUUGCGCUACAGAGUGGCAAACAUAUAGUUCCGUCUAUCCCUGAAGCCCUAGCCCCCCCUCCUAGUAUGGUUGAUUACAGCAGUGAAUCUAUUGCCCGAGGAAAUCAUGCUUCUGCGGCGCAUUCCCUUGACAAUGUAGAUGUUGACCCUGUUUCGUUUAGUGAAGAUUAUGGAGUAUCCUUUGAAAGAAGUUACUCCACAGAAGCGGAUCCCUCAGUAUUGCCACCUCCCAGGCACCUUGUCGAGAGGAACAGUUGUGCGAAAAAAAAGUCAUCUGGUGACACUGUCACGACUGUGGAAGAUAGGAAAAUGAAGUCUGUGAUGGAGUACCAAAAAAUGCCCUCCAAGUCUCUGGAAAACUUUGGAGCUAUGGAAGGGGAGCCUUCAUCAAGGAGAUCUAAAGGGCGAAAGUCAUCAUCUGAAAUCAAGGAAAUUUCAGGAAAUGGAGGAUCUCCUCUUCAUCGGCUUAUGGGAUAUUCAUCACCAAGUGCUGUCAUGAAAAACUGA